UGGUUGUUGUUACCAGACUCUAGCGUGUGAACACCACAGGUGUAAAAUAGUUAACGAAAAUUUCUAAUAUUGUAGUAUUCUUUUCUUUGAAACUUUCUUCAGAGUCUCUGCCUGCUUUAGUUGCCCAGAUAGUGAGGUCAGUGUUGCUCGGCGAUACGAUUUGAAACAGGGACAAGUUUGGACAACUUAAUUAAGGUCAUCCAAUUCCAAUAACAGAGUGUCCUGUGCCAGAAAUUAUUAAGAACCAAGAUAGAACGCUAUGAGCUUUCUUGGAAAUUCAUGGAUGGACUUCAAACUUCAACAGUAACUGCAGAUCUCAGAAAACUUAAUUCCAAGGCAUAGAAAAGGUUAUCAUCAUGUCACUUCUUUCCUCAAAAGUAAAAUGCAGGAGAAAUUCAUAGAAAUAUCGUUUAGGGAAGUGCCACGAUCGUGCAACAAUUGAUUUGAGUUAUGGGUUCCAACGAAGAGGUAAGAAUCCCUAUGAAAUAUUGGGUGGACGAUAAAAAAGAACGUGUAAUUGUAGCGGAAGCAAGUGGGGAAUUGGUAGAUGUUCUCUUCAGUUUCCUUACCCUUCCAUUGGGAACUAUCAUUCGGCUUUGGGACACCUCUGAACAACAAGAGUGUGAGAACAACUCUGAACCACAAGAAGGGCUCGAGAACACCUCUGAACAGCAACAAGGACGUGAGAACACCUUUGAACAACAAGUAGAAUCUGGUUGCUUCAAGAAGUUGUGCCAAAGUUUUAAGGAUACUUUGGAGCUUCGGUCUGAACAACAAGUAGGGCUUGGUUGCAUCAAGGAGCUGUACCAGAGUGUUAAUAAUUUGGAGUCUGAUGUUUUCAGGAACAACAACUGCCAAAAAAUGUUGCAUUCUCCGCGCAACCCCUUAGAGAGGUCUUGCCAGAGACUAAAAGUGACAGUGGAUGAUACAGAACCCACAAAGUAUUUCAUGUGUCAUAACUGUUCAAGAAAAGAAAUUAAAUUGUUGGUGAGUUCUUUUAUUGAUGUAAAGUGCGACUGCGGGUCAUUCAUGAAAAAAGAAAUAGAAAUGAUGGAAGAGACUGCUGGUGAGGAUGGUGUUUUUGUUAAAAAGGAAAGGCCAUGUUCUUCAUCUAUGAUGACUUGAGAGUGCGCCGCAGCUCUCCUAGUGAAUUCAUUAAACCAACCCUAAAACCUGGAAGCAAAGAACUCAAAAGCUAUAGAGAAGUGCUUCUUGAUAAAGAAAAGAUACUUAACAUACUGAAGCAAGCAUUAACCUCCAAAACCCCUCUUAGUGAUGUGUUAUUAAAAAAGAAAUCCAAGCGAUCGGUCUCUUUCUCACGAGUUAUUGGCUCAAGUGUUUCCAAAGAUUAUUUGCAAAUCAAGAUAAUGGUGAGUAAAUCAGAAAACAAGGUUCGAUUUGUUGAAGCAGAUGGAGAUUUUGUAGAUUUUCUGGCCAGCUUCCUCACAACACCUCUUGGAUCUAUUCUGAACCUUAAGAAUAACAAAUUUUCCUGCAGCCCCAUACCACUUCUUGCAUCUAUUCUGAAGCUUAAGAAUGGCAGAUUGUCCUUAGGAAGCAUUCGUAACUUGUACAAAAGUGCGAAGAAUCUGGAUCCAUCGUGGUUCGUAGAGCCAUCAAAGAAAUCCUUGUUGAAUCCAAAGGUGGCUCCUCAUUUUGGUUGUGAGAGAAAUCCACUAUUAAAUGCAAGUCAAGACUACACUUCCAAAUAUUGGUAUGGCCUUGGAGAAAUGAAAAAUGAGAAGGGUCGUAUCAUCUGUGAAAAGAAAAUGAUUUCAAAAAAACGCGAUAUGUUGCAACAGCCAAAAGAAAUUGAACUUUUGGACCCAAGAUCUUCAUAUAGAGAUAGAAAAGAUGGUGUGGGAUUUAUGAAGAGGCCCUGUCUAUUUGUUGUGUGGGAUAAUCUGAAAUUGUCACCAUUGACAACUACCAGUCUUCCAAUUUCAUUUAGUGAUUCGGAUAAUGUCGUGUCUACUGAUUUGGAGGAACAUCUGCUAAGAAUCAGGAAGUCAGAGGCAAUAAACUUGCUGAGGGCUUCUUUGACAUCCGACAAAGGUGCUUUUACUCGGAGCCUUUCCUUCUUAUUGUGGACUUGGAGAUUCCAAAGACUCAUUCCACUUUGGAGUUUCUUCAGAAGGAAGAGAAUCAAAAGGGAAGAGAAAUGAAAAAGACGAAAACGUGAGAAAGAUAUCAAGUUAAAUGAGAAGAAAGAGAGAAAGAAACAAGAAAAAAGUGCGGUAGAAACUAAAAAGGAGAAGGAAGAGAUUAACAA